GUUGUUUUUUUGCUUGUUUGAGAUGCUUCACUGAGCGUUCGCUCCGAGUGACUCGGCUUGUUCCUCGGAAACCUCUCACGUCGAGUGGUGGUGAGGGGGAGAAACGCCUUAGGAGACACUGUCUGCCCCACACCGACUUGCACCUGCUCGGCUGUUGUGCCCCUUAUUGCCCGCCUGACUCGUUUGUGUCAAUGGAAAUAAAGCAAGUCGUCCCUCGCAAGCAUCUUGGAGAAAUAAAUCAUUGCAGUUGCUGUUACUGCCUUGUUUGUUAUGAGAAGUUUCCUGUUUUCCUCAACUCUCUCCUAUGCCUGUUUAUUCUUCAUGGUUUAUACCAACUUUAAAAAAAAGUACUGUGGAUUGUGUGUGGACAAGGUGAAAUAUGAUGGGGGAAAGAAAAUGAUUGCUUUCCAGCAGAAGAUUUUAAACUUGAUCAAAUGUUUCAGAAGACAAUGGCCCUUAUUUUCAAACUCAGAAAGGACUACUGUAUGUGGAGCAGAUUGCAUGCUUAUGAUAUUACAACUGUCAAUGGCUGAAGUCAAUAAACAGCACCAUGGAGAUUUCACUGUAUCACUUAGUGAUGUGGUGGAAACUUGGAAAUACUUGUUACAUGACAAACUGGGAUUAUCAUAUGACAUGGAAGAACCUGAAAAUUAUGCUGACCAAAAGAAAGCCUACGAUACCUUCUUAGAAAGUAGCAGUAUGUUAGAUCUAAUAGACGUAUGCCAGAAGUGCUGUGAACUUGCACUUGUGCCUGAAAAUGAAAACAUAACACCUGUUGAACUGUUGGAAUUUAUUUCUGGUGUAAUGAAUGUACCAGAAGAUAAUGGUUCGGUUCUGUCUUCUACACCAGUCAAGAGACAGGACCAAGAGAAUGUGAAGGUGACACACUUGGCAAAGAAGCUUGUUUAUUCAUAUUUAAGCCUGUUGGUGAAUUCUAAGAAUGAUCUGGCAUUGGCUUAUAUUCUAAAUGUUCCUGAGAGAGGACUUGGUAGAGAAGCCUUCACUAACCUGAAGCAUGCUUCACAGAAGAGAAAAAUGUCCAUUUUUCUGAUGGCAACAUCUUUUAUCCGAACUGUAGAACUUGGAGGAAAAGGCUAUGCAACUUCAUUAUUUGAUCCUUUAAGAAGCCAUGUAAAGGGGCUUACAAAUUUUGUUGAUUUUAUUGACAAGUUGGAAGAAAUUGUUGGUGAAGUCUUGGAUCCAAGAAUCGCAGGGGGGCGAAUUCUGUCAACAGUGAAGAUGCAUUUGAUGAAAGGCCGAAGCAAUGGGGAUCCUUUCUGUCGAGCGGUAGAGGAAGUUGUACAAGAUUGGGAUUUGAAGAUUAAAAAUAUUAUCGAUUCACAACAUGAUGUCUUGACUGCCAGCACCACUGGAGUUAGUCCAGCACGGCCAAAAUUACAUUCCAUAAACCAUGGCACUGUAUAUUGUGGCAGAGAUACUGUAAAGGUCUUACUAGUUCUUCUGGAUGAAGAAGCUGCCAAUCCUCCUACCCAAAAUAAAGCAGAACUAUUAUAUGAUGAUGAAAACUUAAGUUUGUUUGGAAUUACCUCUGUUUUGACACUCUUCAGAUCUCCAGUACAAUCCAGCAGAUCAUCUCCAAAACCUCUUAGACAGCGUAUUCAGAAAUCGAUGGAUGAAAAAAAUAUUAAGAUGAAGCAACCUUCAAUCAAAUCCCAGUUUGCAUGUACAUAUAAAGAUGCACUGAAUGAAAGGAAGGGUCAGCACUUCCUCAAAAGUAGCAUACAUCCUGCACCAAGGCAACUUUUAAAAGAUGAAUCUCUCACAGAAGAUAGGAGUUCAUGUCUUGACAUACCAGCGCUUGGAACUAUUUCUGAAAAUGUUCACCGGAAUAGCAGUGAAACAGAAAUGGGAAAACUGAGUUGUCAGCCAAGAAACAAAAACUCCAAGAAUGAACAGACGGAUUUGAGUAAUGACAAAAUAAUCUGUGAUAAGGAAAGUGAGCUAUCUCUGCCAAAAAAUGUUAAAAGACCCAAGGUUUCAAACAAUCCACAGAAGAAAUCGGACAGCAAAGUUGAUGGGGCAGGAAAAAGCAGCAGAACUGCAAGAAAGAAUAAAUUGAUUGCUGGUCAGGCAAAAUUAACUCACUUUUUUCGAUUAUAAGUCUUGUUUUUAAAUACAUGGUAUGUUGACUUUUUCAGAAGUUGUAGUUCUGCAAAAAAAAGGUGAAAUCCAUGAAUUGCCUCCCUUCAUACUCAAAUAAGUGAAAGUUGCUUGUGUAUAAUUAGACAAAUAUUUACAAAUCUGGAUUAUGCAGAUGUCUUUUAUUUUUAAUAACAAUGCAUCAUUAGUAAUUACAGCCAAGUUACUUUUUGGCAGUGAAUCAUGUUUCCCUCUACAUUGCAAUGUGAAAGUAUUUGUAGAUGCAUGUUUGUAGCAAUACACAGUUUGUAGCAAUACACAGUAACUUCAAGUUGCAUAAAAUUCAUAAUGUUUGAUCUUCUUCAAAGAAGGUGACGUAGACCAGUAUUUUUCAGAUUUGCCAACAAGGUCGAUAGACUCUUCCCAACAUACACCUGAGCACUAAAGGAAAAAGAUUCUGAAAGUUUAAAUCAUAAAAGAACUAGAAUUCUUUAUUGCCUCUGAAAAUACUGUUAACUGAAAAAAAAAAUACACUAAAUGGAAACUGAAAAUACAGCAUUUCAUCAGCCCUGGCAAAUCCUAAACAUGACAUGUAGUUUCUAAAAGAACCUUUAUCAAAUGGCUGUAUAGAUAUUGCAUUACACUUUACAAGAAUGAAAUCAUUUGUGUGUAAGAAUGAAAGUAUACUUACUGUCAAAAUCUCUUCUUCCUAUAGGGAAUUUAGCUGAAUUUUCUUCAUCCCUGGUGUCCCUUCUUUCCUGUAUUAAUUCAAUAUUCUGAAUUUCAGUGUCGGCUGGAAAAGUCAUGGCUCCCUUCAGUGCAAGAUAAGGUAGAUGCUUUGUACCUAAGUUGAUUGCCAUACCCUGGUUUAGGAAAUCAUGUUUGGAACCUAUGUCCUGUUUUAACGAAAAGAAGAGUAGCAGUUUGUCUUUCAAAAUUUUAAUUAGUUGUGUUGACGUUUUAAAUUAUCAAUGGAAGUAUUGGGACCGAACAUAAUCAUUUAAAACUAAGCAAUGCCCUGCAUUACAUCUUUGGCUAAAAUGGUUUUACAGUAAAGUACCUGUUAAUAUAAUAUGCAUCUCUUAUUUAGUAAAGUUGAAAACCUGUUGUUGCAUAUAGUGACAUGCAGAAAUAAACACAAAUAUAGGUCUCCCCCCCCUCCGCCCAAAUUUUGACUGGCUAUAGUUCUGGUUAAAAUCAGAUUUCUUUUAUUCAAGUGCCUAAAUUACUUAAAAUUUGGGGAUUUUGGCUUUCAAUUAUUGCACUUGUCUUGUAAAGGACUAUAAAGAAAAUUUCCAUUUUACAAUUAAACCAAGCAUGUAAAACUGAAAACUCACAAAGAACUUUGGGUUUCUGUCUUCCUCUUCAUCCAAAAAGCUACUGUCUUCAGUCUUAUAAUGCUUGAGCAAAGGUGUAGCUCCUCUGUUUUCUGUUCUGUCUCCAUUUCGAAGAGUGCUUCCUAGACUGAAUGUGUUCAGCCACAUAUCUUCAUCUUCUACCUUUUGCAGAGAUUUUGACACUGAGAUUAGAAAACCUUGAGAAAAAAGAGAAAGAGAGAGUAUUAACAUGUAUGAUGAGAUACACAUUCUUGGUUACUUAAUGUUUGCAUAGAAGUUAAGCGGUUUUCAGAUUUUGAGAGCUUCAGCUGUAAAUUAACAUGCUAUACAUCUGUGCCUGCUUUAUAUAUUUUACAGAGUGAAUGGAAACUACUUCAAUGGCUGAUGAGUUCACUCUUUUUAAAUGACUCAUAUUAAAGGGGGUAACCUUUUGUAUAAUCCUUCUAAUCCCACGUAUUGUUUAGAACUACUUAAACAUUUCUUUAGCAUGGAUAAUUUGUUUCUUUGUAUGUUUUUAGAGCAGUACAGAUUAGUAGUUCCUUUUGAUGGAUCAGUAUAGCAAAGUUCACAGGAAAUAGUAAUGUCCAUUUGUGUUCUUUAUAAAGCUUCAUUUCCAUUUAAGGCAAUUUGAGAAAAAGAACUAAUUUACCCAAGUAAGCAAGACUGUUGUAAAGGUGUAAAUCUUAAUUUAUCAUAGUUCUUAAGCAAAAUGGAUUUACUGAAGAGUUGAAAAACUUGAAACAUAACAAUAGGUUGGACAACUACUGUGUUAGAGCUGAAGUCAUUAAUUUGUAUUUCUGAGUCCAUUAUGUCAUGUUACCUUAUGCAAAGAGCUCAUCUCUAGAAAUGCUUAUUAACACCCAAGUAAUUAUAUUUGUCAGCAUUUUCUUUCUGAAAGUAGCAUGUUACCCAGCUACAAAUAUAAUAUAGUCAGAUAUGUUUGCUAAGAAUGUAGAAAGAAAAGGAAACUUCAGCUUUUCAUUAGAAAAGGCUCUGAAGUCUUACCUAUUAUCCUGUGGAAGGAAAAGUAGAGCUUCUGUGUCACAUGCUUUUUUUUUACUUCAUCUGGAAAGCAAAUGGGGCUAGUUCAAACCUAGCUAAUCUCUUAAUGUCACUGAUGCAAUGUGUUUGAGUGCCAGUCCAGCUAUUUAGGUUCAGGCAUACUUCAAAACUACAGAUGACACUUCUUGGUCUGAAUUGUGUAAUCAUAUCUGUUAAUGCCUAAAAGCACAAUCUUCAUGGAGUUUCUUUCCACUGUUGCAAGUGCAAGUAAAGGAAUAACAAGAGAGUAUAGAACAGAAAGAACUUUGGGGAAGGGGAAAAUGAGGGAAUUAAGCAAUAUUGCCUUUUAAACAAACAAAAAGUAAUCAACUUAUAAUUCACUGAGUAUCUAUGCUCUGAAGGCUGGCUAGCAUCUAGCCUGGCACAUUUCUGUAAGGUUCUCUACAUAUUUCUCUGUACACAGAGGCAUCAGAGCAUUUAUUUUGCUCACAAGUGACUGAGAGGCAAUCUGUGCGGGACUGCUCAGGGACAGAAGAGCACUAUAUUCUUAGCAUGUUACCUAAAAACAUAAUGUCAAGGCUUGAUUGCUGUUUUGCUCCUUGUUGACUUAAUUUACCCCAAAGAAUAGGCAUUAUUAUUUGAUGCUAUAUUAUACCUGUUACAGCAGCAUUUUCCUAGAGGGAUGAACUGACUUACUGGAACUCUUUUGUGUAUAUUUGGAUUUUCAAUCAAAUUUUAUUUUGGUUCAUAAUUACUCUGGGUAUGUGACGCAAGUCCAAAAAGUGUCAUAAUCAUUUCCUUGGUGCUUUAGGAGGGGAAAAAGCAAACAACAACAACAAAAACCCAAGCAGAUAUAAGUUAAAAUGUUAGUCUGGUACUGGGUUUGUUUGUUCGUUCUCCUACCCAACACAUAUGUUGAGUCUUCCAAGUUGUAGCCUAUCUUGCUUUACUGCUUUCACUUUUCUUUUCACUUUUCUUAGCUUCAAUAAUUGAGAAACAUUGCUUCAGGUGUUUCUUUCUUUCUACCUUUCUACUCUACAUAAGCUUCAAAUUAGCCUAGAUGCAUCCUCUCCUAACUUGUUUUUGGCUCGCUGCUCUUAAAAAUCAAGACCUUUCUUUGGACGCUCUUGGAGGUGUAAAAAGAAGUACAAAGAGGAAAUGUGUGUUGCUGAGAAGUAUUGCAUAGUUGUAGGGAAAGAGUAAGAAGAAUAACUCUUCCUGCUGAAAGCAAGCACUUUUCCACAGAUUGAGAAUGUUGUGUGGAAGAACUGAACAGAAUUGCUGGAACUGUGAUAUUUUUAAGCAGUGCUCACUGCUAAACUUCCUCAAAAAACAGGUUGCCUUGCUAAAGUAACUUACUGGUGAGGCCUUUCAUGAGAGAGUCCCUACUGGACUGAGCAGAUUGUGUCUAGGAGAUAUUUUGGUAUUACUACUCUUUCCCAGAUGAGGAAAGUGCAUUAAUCCUUUUAGGAGAGAGUUAAAAUAGGACUGACUGACCUGGAUCAGUCUUUUCAGGGGAGAGCAUCUCUGAAAAAUGGGAUUAUAACUUCUCAUUGUUUUCAUUUCCUUCCUGUGGAGCCUGUACUUGCCAUGGAGCAGCUGAAGUGGUUUACUUUCUUUGACUGUAAUUGCCUGGCUACAGAGGAAACAGUUUUGAAAGCCAAAUGUGUAUAGUUUUGUACUUUCUCAGCCAACUUCCUUUUCAUAAUUUGUACUCUUCCAUCCACAUUCAGUGUUUGUACAGUUUUGUUCAAUUAAUAAAGCAAAAAAACAUUUUCGAACUGAAA